AUGUAGCAUACGACAAGCCAUUUUUAAAAUCUAUAAAACAAACAACAAAGUUGUUCAUAGUUUUCACUCUUUUUUGUCAUAGUCUGCUUUUAGGCGAUCUUAAAGUCACUAGAUUAACAAAGUAUCCGGCUUUAGGUUAUCCCUGAAAGGACGAUGCGUCCUCUAUAAACAAAAAUAUGAACUUAAGGUGCAAUUUCAUUGACGCUAAAAAGUAGCGUCAAUGAUAUUGCACCUUGAAGCAUUUGUUCUCUAAUUUUUUCUAUGUCAUGAUUCAACGACUUCAAAUUUUGAAUUUGAUACGCAGCAACACAAAGAACAGGGAGGAUAAAGUGUUCUUUUCAGUAGGAAUAGACACGAAAUUGCGUUGAAAUCUCGUUUAUUAUGUGAUAUAAUCGUUUCGCGCGUUUUGUUUUUCUCUUAUUAAUUAUCUUACUCUGUAAGUUCGUAAAAAAUCACAUAAACAAUACGUAGAAAUGAAGGAGGAAAACGUGUUGCACGUAGAGAUAUGUCAACGUGUCGACAGCACUUGGUCGAGAGAAACAAUUGAGGAGACAGUAAGCACAGAAUUUAAAACAUGGAAAGAGGUUUCUCUCGAUAUUAUUUUACACGGUAAAGAUUUCUUAAACAAUAUAGCUAUACAGAAUCAUGUUGAAUCUAUAAUAUGCUCAUCUAAUUAUAUAGAGAAAGGAAAAGUUAAAAUUGAAGGAGCUACCAUUAAAUAUUAUAUCUAUAGACUGACACAGGAAGGUGCUGCGACAGAAACAAUGAAUUCCAAUUCUGAUGAAUUGUCAGUUGCAUCUCAUUGGUUGUUACCUGCACAGGAAUUUCAUUACAUGUGGGAGAAUCUGUAUUAUGAUUGUGACAUAAAAAACAAUUUAUUGCAUUUUGUGGAGACAACAAUGUUAUUUUCUUCUCUUGCCGUUAACUCUAAUAUUAUAAGUUGGAAUAAAGUGGUGUUGUUGCACGGUCCUCCAGGUACAGGCAAGACCAGCAUGUGCAAAGCUCUAGCACAAAAAGCUGUAAUUCGUAUGAUAGAUCGAUUCACUCAUGGAAAAUUCAUAGAAAUAAAUAGUCACAGCCUAUUCUCAAAGUGGUUUUCUGAAAGUGGAAAACUUGUUAUGAAGCUGUUUGAUGAAAUAAAAAGUUUAGUGCAAGAUGAAAGUGCAUUGGUAUGCAUUUUGAUUGACGAGGUAGAAUCAUUAGCACACGCACGUAAAUCGUGCAACAACGGAACCGAACCAUCUGACUCUAUACGCGUUGUGAACGCAUUGCUUACGCAAUUGGAUCAAAUCAAGCGAUACCCAAACGUUUUAAUCUUAACGACGAGCAAUAUGACGGAAGCGAUAGAUCUUGCGUUCAUCGAUCGAGCUGACAUCAAGCAAUAUCUUGGAUAUCCAUCCGAAGUUGCUAUUUAUAACAUUUAUCAUUCGUGCCUGAAGGAAUUAAUGAGGACUGAAAUUUUGAAGCGUGAAGAGAUAUGUGAUAUAUCGCAGUUAAAGCUAUUCGGGUACACAGAGGAUUCAAAUACCAAGAACAGUUUGAAACUACUGGAACUUAGUCGUGUUAGCGAAGGUUUGACCGGUCGCACCUUAAGAAAAAUACCAUUUUUGACGCACGCUCUUCACUUAUCCACAGACAAAUCUACACUAUCCAAAUUUCUGAAAGCCAUGCAUUCGGCUAUUUUGAAAGUUCAGCAAGAAGGCGAAUUGCAACAAUCAUAAACAUAAAGUAAUUCACGAGAAUAUUGAUCACUGACACAUCGAUCACAUUCAGAACCAUGUAGAAGCGCGCACGAUCUAUUCAGUGACGGUAAACACCGACUGAAUGAGCCGCCUGAGUUUGAAGGGUCGUAUCUCCACUCAACGUAGCGCCUCCUCGACGAAUCAGUGAAAACUAUACCAUCCACCUAAAUCCCGUUUCUUUCAGUGGUUUGUUCGAUUAUUAUU